UAAAAAAACUUUUCAAAUGAUUGCUUGUAUUCGAUAAGUAAUUCUUCUGUUGACAGAUUAGUGUCCACAACUGAUCCCUGAAGUCAUCGGUUCAGUGAUUGCUUACAAUUUGUGAUUUUUUGUCUAUUUAAAAGAUUAAGCAUUUAUUCAACAAAAAAAGUUGAGACAAUUUUUCAAUAGGAAAGUAAAGUAAUAAUUCCGGUGCUAUUAUACCCAAAGUAUAGGAACCGUUAGUUUUUAAAAGACCACAACAACAACAAUGACUUCAGGACCAGUUUCAUCGAUGGCCUCGCUAUAUGUUGGCGAUCUCGAGUCAAACGUUACCGAAGCUAUGCUUUUCGAGAAAUUCUCAGCAAUAGGUCCGGUGUUGUCCAUACGUGUCUGUCGCGAUCUGAUGACUCGUCGCUCUCUGGGAUAUGCGUACGUCAACUACCAGAACGUAUCGGACGCCGAAAAAGCCAUCGAAACGAUGAACUUCGAUGCACUCAAAGAGAAACCUUUGCGUAUAAUGUGGUCACAGAGAGAUCCUUCGCUUAGAAAGUCUGGCGUCGGUAAUGUGUUUAUCAAGAAUUUGGACAAAUCUAUCGAUAAUAACGUAUUACACGACACGUUCUCCACGUUUGGAACCAUUCUCUCCUGUAAAAUAGCACAAGACUUGCAUGGGAUCAGUAAAGGCUAUGGAUUUGUUCACUUCGCCACUGAAGAAGCGGCCACUAAUGCCAUUAAUAAAGUCAAUGAUAUGCUAUUAAAUGGCAAAAAAGUAUUCGUCGGCAAAUUUAUACCGAAAACCGAAAGACUAAARUUAGCCGAAGAAACUGCCAAACGAUUUACAAAUAUUUAUGUCAAAUACUUGACUGAAGAAUAUAACGACCAAAUGUUGAGAGAACUGUUUCAGUCGUUCGGCAAAAUAAUGUCAACAAAAGUGAUGAUCGACGACAAGACCGGAAAAAGUCGAUGUUUUGGAUUUGUGUCGUUUGAAUCUUCAGAUUCGGCUCAGAAAUGCAUCGAAGAGUUAAACGGAAAGAAAGAGAUGGCAAACGGGAAAAAGCUUUACAUAAAUCGGGCGCAGAAAAAGGCUGAGAGACAGGAGGAACUAAAGCGUCGGUUUGAAGAGUUAAGACAAAAACGUGUCAAUCGAUACAAAGGAGUCAAUCUAUACGUCAAGAAUUUGAACGAAGACUUUGACGACAAGCGUUUGGCUGACGAGUUCUCGACAUUCGGUACAAUCAAAUCGGUUAAAGUCAUGUGUGACGGCACAACUGGCCGAUCGCGAGGGUUUGGUUUUGUUUGUUUUUCAGCGCCAGAAGAAGCACAGAAGGCUAUCAAUGAAAUGAAUAACAGGAUUGUCGGCACCAAACCAUUGUAUGUGGCUUUCGCUCAAAACAAAGAGGAAAGAAAAGAAUUAUUGAACGCACACUUCAUAAAUAAGACUAAUUCAGUGCUGAGAGCGGAACAGAUACCGACACCGAUGGCCCACUCACACCAUCCGCCACAACUGCCUUCGCAUCCGCAUCUCUUCAGCGCUGCCAUCAAUCCGGCUGCCGCUGCUAUGGCCUACGCGGCGAACCCGGCUAUGGCUUUGAAUGCGUUCGGCGGACACAGAAUGUCAUCCAAUUCAUGGAAUGAUAUGAGACGCGGCAGACGUAUUAAGUUUUAUUAAGACAUUUUCAUUUU